AUGGCAUUAUGACCAAUAUUGCCAUGACCUGAAACCGUUGUGCACGGUUUAAGCGAUAGCUAUCGCUCUUGACAUGCGGUCAGUUUCAAAUAAAAAGGAAUGCGCAGCUCGCGCUGCGCAUGAUUUAGCGUCCAAGCUCCAACUAAACACAUCGUGUUUAUAUAUUUUGAAAGAACAUAACAUGGCGAUCCUGCCAGGAGCAACAGCAACAUAUUGGGAAAACGCUAAAUAUGGCAUACGUGCAGAAGUGAUAUUUCUUACAUUGUGACAUCAAAAGAGCAGCAGUAGCAAAGUGCGGUGUAAUGUGUUCAUAUAAAAAUGCGUCACAUGAUUGAACCAGAGCAAUAGUGUUUGGCGUAAAAAAAAAAAAAAAAAAAAAAAAAUCGAAAUAACUGUUACUGUCAUCGCCUCACUGAGUUCAUCGCCUACUGAGUGUAAAAAAAAAAAAAAGUUAACGUGUGAAGAGCAGCCGUUCCGGCCCUCUUGUGACACCAGUUCGCUGUAUUAGUGUGCAUGUAAAAAAAAAAAAAAAAAGAAGAAGUUUUGGUGACAAAACAAACAACGCCCCUCAUCGUGAAUCAUCGUGUUCGUUGUCUAGUGUGUGUGUGUCAGGCAGAAAUUUUUGAAAACAAUACGAGCAACACCCUCACCGUCGGAUCAUCGAGUUCGUCGCUUUUGUGUGCAACAGGCAAAAAUUUUGGUGACAAUCGUGUCUUUGUUUAUUGUACGUGCCAGGCAGAGGUUUUGGGUAACAAUACAAGUUACACCCUUACCGAGGAUCAUCGAGUUCGUCGCUUUUGUGUGCAUCAGGCUAGAGUUGUGGUGACAAAACAAACAACGCCCCUCAUCGUGGAUCAUCGUGUUCGUUGUCUAUUGUGUGUGUGUGUCAGGCAGAAAUUUUGGACGACAAUACGAGGAACACCCUCACCGUCGGAUCAUCGAGCUCAUCGCUUUUGUGUGCAGCAGGCUAAAACUUUGGUGACAAGACAAACAACUCCCGCAACGUCGAUCAUCAAAUCAUCACUUUAGUGUGUGUACAGUUACGUGAAAAUUCCUAAUCGAGCAGCCUAUCUCGCCUUUGUCUACCGACAACCUAAUGAAGAAAGCAACCCGCAGCGCUGUGGAUGAGCGGAAAAGUGCGAUCAGAAACAAAACAACAAAACCGAAGGUGAGUACAGAAUUGGUGGCGGCUGUGGGUUCGGUAGUGUUCAGACAAAACACUUGCAACAAGCAGACAAACAAAAACGCGACAAUGACGACAAAACUUGACUUGAAUUUAGGAUUAAAACUAAUUAAACCAUAUGAUGGUAAUUCAAAAGACCUUGCGAAUUAUAUAGAAAGUGUUGAGUUGUUUCGAGAAUAUUCAGAAGGUGUAGAUGAGCAUCACUUUUUAAAAUUUUUGAGAACCACACUGACAGGCGUAGCACAUGGAGUUAUCACUCCUGCUAAUACAAUUGAGGAGGCGCUUAAACUCCUAAAAGAAAAAUUCGCUGUAAAAAUGACACCUUUGGCGGUGGAACACGAGAUGGGAACCAAGAGGCAAGGAAAGCGUGACAUUUCCGAGUAUGGGUCAGAAAUUGAAGCUUUGUCUGCAAAACUAGCAGCGGCCCAUGUUUCAGCUGGAAAUUUUGUUUCGGAAGGUUCUGCGAAAAAUAUAGUGGAAACAACAGCUAUACGUGCGUUUAUAGGGGGACUAUCCAAUCCAACAACAAAAUUUUUUCUGAAAGCAAGAAAUCCUCCCACACUAAGCAAGGCGAUUUCUGAUGCUUUGGAAUGUUCCUCUGAAUUUGAAAACAAUGAUGGAAACCAUGAUGCAUUGUGGAACCAUCGACAAAACUGGUACAAUCGACCACCCAUGCGAGCCCGAGGUGGUUAUCGCCGACCAUCUGGUUUUCGAUACUUAAGAGGAAAUCAAAGGGGAAACAAUAAUGCAUUUCGUGGAAGUUCAUCAUUUUUGCCAAAUAGGUCAAAUCCAAACAACACACAUCAACACGAAAACUUUUCAGCCAAUGAUGCACCAACGCAGGAAGAGGAAGACGUAAAUUUGUUGGAUUUAUUUCGUUGAUUUUGAUAUAAUCAAAACCGUUAAAAUUUUUGGUCACCUUUUUUCAAAAAAAAAUCCAAUUUAUUAUCGAUAGCGGAGCAUCUUGUUGCAUUAUUGCACAACGAUGUAUUCCCAACCAUGUAUAUAUUAAUCCUCAUAAUAAGUUUAUGGUCAGAGGCCUUAAUGGCAAUACUCAAACUAUGGGAUAUAUCGACACGACAAUAACUAUUGAUAAUAAUAAAUAUCCUAUUCGUUUUCAUGUACUAAAUAAUUUACCGUCAGAUAUUAAUGGGUUAAUUGGUACCAAUUUCUUAAAACAAUUUAAUGCUAUUUUUGAUUUUUCUAAAAUGAAAAUUUCUUUUACCCCACCUAAAUAUUAUAAUAAUUUUCAUAUACCUGCAAGAACUGAAUUACUUACAUAUGUUGAUACAGAUACAACUGAAAUGUCUGUAAUAAUGAGUGAACAAUUAUCGCCACAUGUUUUUGUUGCCAACAGUUUAGCAACACCAAUAAAUGGGAAACUUCCUGUUAAGUUAGUUAAUUUUUCAAACAAACCAACUUCCAUUAAAAAUUUUAAACCAAUAAUUCAACCUGCUGAAGCUUAUAAUAUAAUUGAAUUUAAAAGAAACGAUGAAAAUACUGACAGGGCCAAACAACUUCUUAAAGAAUUAAAUUUAGCACAUUUAACAGAUGAUGAAAGAAAAAUGAUUUCAAAAUUGUGUUUAAAAUUUAACGAUAUUUUUUGUCUCAAUAAUGACGUUCUUAAACCUUCAAGCUGUCUUCAAGCUAAUAUUAAAGCAAAAACUAAUGUAACACCAAGCUAUUCAAAGCAAUAUCGGUUGCCAUAUUUUCAGAAAAGUGAAACAGAAAAACAGAUUAAUAAAAUGCUGAAUGAGAACAUAA